GGGUGGAGGUACAGGCAUAGGCACAGAGCCCAGGCAGUGUUUGUUGAAGGAAUAGAAAGUGAAAGGGAGAAACACACACCAGUAAAACAGGACACAGCCUGGGAGGCUGUAGUGAAAGCCAUGGCCACUGGCUGGAACAGAGAUCAUGUAUCCAGAGGCAUCACACAGGGGGGGAAGAUACUCCAGGAGACAUUUAUAGACGGUUAUGACCCAAGUGUCCUUCGAAGGGUGCAAUACAUGUUCUAUGAAAUCAAGUGGAGCAAUAGCAAAAGGUCCUGGCAGAGCUGUUGCCAUAGCACUCGAACGGAGCAUGCUGAAAUCCACUUCAUAGAAGAUGUCUUUCAGGAGCAAAGAUCUGAUCCUUCUGUCCACUACUCCAUCACCUGGUACAUGUCCUGGAGUCCCUGUGCGGACUGCUGCAAGGAAAUCAGGGAUUUCCUGAAAGAACAGCCUAAUGUGAACCUAGUUAUCUAUGUAGCACGGCUCUACUGGCACAAAGAGGAAACCAAUCGUCAGGGUCUACGGAGCCUGGUGAACAUUGGAGUGUCCAUCCGAGUCAUGGACCUCCCAGCUUAUAGCUACUGUUGGAGAACAUUUGUCAAUGAUGAGGACAAGGAUGAAGAUGAUUAUUGGCCCAGGCACUUUGCUCCAUGGAUAAUGCUAUAUUCUCUUGAACUCCAGUCCAUCCUUCAGAACAUUCCGUCUUGCUUAGAGAUUUCAACAGAUGAGAACCAGACUCCAGUUUUCAGCCUCUGUGUAGAAGAUGAUCAACAGAAAAGAGCACUCACAUCUGCCAAUCCCCGAUACUCAGCCAUGGACCUGAGUCAAUCAGAACUCAGGGACAAUUUAGGGGAGAGACUCCAUGAAAUGUUCAACCGUGUCAUGAACUCCUCAGGCACAGACUGUAUUAUAGAUCAGCUGCGGAAACAGAUCACUCAGACUCAGUCUUGGGGAGGAGGCAUUGGGGGAUCUCAGUUUGUCUGCCUUCCCUAUGUCUCUCUGUGUGCACCAGGUGACUCUAUUCUCUUUCCCACAGAUCAUGUAUCCAGAGGCAUCAGGAAGGGGGGGAAGAUCUCCCUGGAGGCAUUUAUGGAGAAUUAUGACCCAAGUGUCCUUCCCAAUGAGACUUACCUGCUCUAUGAAAUAAAAUGGAGCAGUAGCAAAAAGGCCUGGCAGAACUGUUGCCAUAACACCCUCAUAGAGCAUGCUGAAAUCUACUUCCUGGAAGAUGUCUUUAAAAAGCAAAGAUCUGAUCCUUCUGACCACUGCUCCAUCACCUGGUACAUGUCCUGGAGUCCCUGUGGGGACUGCUGCAGGGCAAUCAGGCGUUUCCUGAAGGAACAGCCUAAUGUGAACCUAGUUAUCUAUGUAGCACGGCUCUACUUGCACAAAGAGGAACACAAUCGUCAGGGUCUACAGAGCCUGGUGAACAUUGGAGUGUCCAUCCGAGUCAUGGACCUCCCAGCUUAUAGCUACUGUUGGAGAACAUUUGUCAAUGAUGAGGACAAGGAUGAAGAUGAUUAUUGGCCCAGGCACUUUGCUCCAUGGAUAAUGCUAUAUUCUCUUGAACUCCAGUCCAUCCUUCAGAACAUUCCGUCUUGCUUAGAGAUUUCAACAGGUGAGAACCAGACUCCAGUUUUCAGCCUCUGUGUAGAAGAUGAUCAACAGAAAAGAGCACUCACAUCCACCAAUCCCCGAUAGCCGCCAGUAUCCUGGCCUGGGCAGCCAACCAGUCUCUGGAUGCCAUGAGUGUCUUGAACCAGGCCAUCCUGGGGGAGGGAUGUUGAUAGGACACUAGAAUGUUUAAUCAUUCCAGUUUGAUUUAGUUACUCUUAGCCAUUUCCUUCCCAUUGGUUCAUCUUGUAGCCUUUUGAAAAGUGAAUCAUGUUUAAAUGUUUAAUGUCAUACAGUGACUGGGUCAUGUUAACACCUGUGACUCAGUGUAAUGGUUUAUUCCAUCACAGUUACCACAGGAAUAUCUUGCUUAUUCUGCAGCCAAUGCUGUUUCACCAAAUGAAACAUAACUCAUUAUUUAUUUACAUAUAUAGCGACCUUAGAGAGGAUUUAUUCUCCGGGGUUAUUUGUUUGAAUUAUUUUUCUCUUGAUAGAUUUCUAGGUUUUACUUUCUGUGUCAUUUGUGAACAUAACAUUUGAAUAAAAAUCUAUAAUCUAA